AUGGAAUGUGUAAGAGCUGACAGCUUAUUCUAUUCCUCACUGAAUGGAAUGAAUGGUUUCGAAAUACAUGAAUGUGAUUUGUUUGAGCAUGAACCUUACACGGUUGAUUGCUUAGAGUUAGAUGAACGACAAGGUAUUCUAGCUGUUGCUCGGCAUUCCGAUUUUUCCGAUAAAAAACGUGAUGGUAUGAUAGAAUUUUGGAAUGUAAUCGGCACACCAAUGUUUUAUGUUCGAAGCACAUUUCUUGGGAAUAAAACCGCCGAAUCACUGCUUUGGAUGGGUGAUAUUUUACUUGCAGCACAUCUCGAUGGUUCGAUAACAAGUCAUCGUCUUCACACGUCGGAAUACUUUACGAUUCGACUUACACCAACCCCGUUGUGGUGCCUGGUCUCAAUAAAAGGAAGCAUGUUCUGUGCUGGUUCCGAUUCAGGAGCUGUGUUAAUACUGUCUUUGGAAGAGAAUAAUCGUAUUGCUUUGAAUAAGACAGUAUCUAUUGGUUUUGGUACACAUGUAAUGUCGUUGGCGUGCAAUAGUAAUAUGAUCGCUGCUGGAACAAUGGAUGAAAUCAGUCUCAUAAGUGUGUCGAAACAACGAAUAGAGCAUAGAAUGAAAUUACCUCGGAUCGAAAAACGAAAACCAACUAUUGUUUGGUGCUUAUGCUUCAUUGGCGAUAUACUGGCAUCGGGUGAUUCACGAGGAUAUCUAACAUUUUGGAAUGCAUCAAAUGGAGCAUUUUCACAUUGUUUGCAAACACACCAAAGUGAUGUUUUAUCAAUAACUGUGGUGAAUGAAUCGCUCUAUGCUGCCGGUGUGGAUCCUACAAUUGCUCGACUUGGCCUUAAUCAGGAACGUACUGCAUAUCGCAUUGAACAUCGAAGAACAAUUCAUAGUAAUGACGUUCGAGCUUUGGUUGCAUCGAAACAUAUGACGGCUCUCUAUUCCGGUGGUGCCGAUUACUACUUUUGCAUCAGUAAUCGCUUUAGCCAUACUGAUGCUUUGAAAAAUAUAACCUGUAAUGUUGCGGUGGACGCGAACAUGUUUUCAUACCAGUACGAUAAUCGCAUUGUUAUUUGGAAAGCUGGUCAUCCCAGUGAAGUAACAUCGAAGAAAGGAAUUUCUUCUUUAGCAAAUGGUCCAGUCAAGUUAGCUCAGUUACGGUCACAUUGUGGAGAGUUCAUUAGAUCAAGUGCAUUUAACCGUGAAGGCAGUUUGUUAGCAGUUUCUACAAUUUAUACAACAACUCUUUACAAAUUGGAUCUCAACUUUUCGAAAGAACACAGUAUAUCUGUCCUGAAGAGAAUAAAUAUUUGUGGAACAGGAUUGCUCUUUACAUCAACAUCUUUGUUUGUUGCAUCCGGAUGCCUUAGGAUAUCUAGCUUACCAAUUUGUGAUUCUAUACCAGAAUAUCCGGAUAUAAUCGCUGAAAGAGACAAUGCCGGUGAGGUAGUUCGAUUACACCCUAAUAUGACUGAAACGUCACUUAUAUUUCUCACAGCGCGAAAUGAAAUUUUUAUUCUGGAAAUUCGCAAAAAGACGUUACGGAAGUUGGAAAUUCCCGGCACAAACGUUUACAUCGAUGUUCAAUUUAUUAAUUUUGCCUCGCUCUAUAUUCUCUGUGCUGAUAGAAAACGCACACUUAUCGAGUAUGACACCGAUACAAACAUUCUUAGUGACAAUACAAUUUCAACAGAAGCAUUAUGCAUGUUACCUGAUGAAUUCGUUUUACAAAUGGAUUGCAAUAAUUCAAAUGGUGUUGUUUUGAGUGGUUCACGAGGCAGUUUUCGAGUUAUUGGGCUCAUUAAUGGAAAACGAGUACUGCUAUAUGGACCAGAAGCAUGUGCAUUGAAGAAAGUGGAAGGAGACGAUGGAGUAUGCUUGAUGCGUAGAGAUCGAUGCGUCCAGGCCUGUUGGUUAUCAGCUCGAAAAUUGCUCUUCACGACUCCGAUUAUGCUUGCCGAACCUUCCCAAACUGCUUUUCGACUUAAACGUUACGGCCUAAAUUGA